ACAACAACAACAAUAAUAAUAAUGAUUCUAUGAUAAGGUCAUUAAUACUCAAAGGUAUUGAAUUAGCCAAAAAUAUGGAAUUAGAUCUUUCUAAUAUAUUGGCUAAUGAUCCAUUAAUUCUCUCACAAAAGUGUGAUGAGAUUAUAGAUGAGUUUAGUAAGGCAAAGCAACAGCUUAUAUGUUCUUUAACAUUGGAACAACAUCAUCAUCAACAACAGCCUCUUUAUCAACCGGAUAUGGGGGUGGUUUUCGGGUACGUGCAACGUCAGUUGGCGAAAGGAAAAGGCAAGCAGGUUGCUGGAGACGUUGUAGGAGUCGCCAUGAAAGCCGAAAGUGGUGGUGAUGAACAAGGAGUGCAACAUGGGUAUGGAACGAUGAUGGAAGUUGGUGGGAGCUCGACGAGCUCGGUGUUGAAGAGCUCUACUCCUAGGAGGUCCUCAUCAAGAAAUUAUGAUCAAGGAAGUAACCAAAGGGUGAGGAUGGCAGCUCCAAGAAUAGGGAAUACAGAGAUGCCACCAGAAGAUGGUUUCACUUGGAGAAAAUAUGGUCAAAAAGAGAUUAUUAAUGCUAAGUAUCCUAGGAGUUACUAUAGAUGUACACAUCAAAAACUAUACAAUUGCAAAGCCAAGAAACAAGUGCAACGACUUGACGACGACCCCUACACCUUUGACAUCCUCUACCGGGAGGAGCACACUUGCCACAUGUCCAACACGGCCCCGUCGUCGGUCCCGCCACCACAAUCGCCAACCGUCCAUGACAUUUUUCUUCCACACCACCAACCCAUCACAACCGUUGCACCCCCAUUUCAUCAUUGGCUACCAAUGGACCUACCUAGACUUUCUAAUGAAGGUGCAUGUAACGUGUUCGAUCCCCAACAACAACAACAAGAGCAAUUAUAUCGUGCAAGUAGUGUAGACGGUGAACCCUCCACCGUUAGAUCUCAUCAUGGAGGAGAUCAAGCCGUUGAUUUGCUUAAUAAUCAGUCAAUGGUUGAUUGUUGGAGUGAAAUGUUUAAUUCAGGGAGUAGUAGUAGUACUAGUAUGGAAGUUAUCUUUGCUCCUACUGAUGAUAAAUGGGAAAACAAGGAUAGAAAAGAUUAAUUAAUUACAUAAAUCAUGGUUUUGAAUUUAAUUGAGAAGAAUUAUCAACCUUUAAUUUGAUUUUAGUUAACAAAUAGAAUUAAAUAGACUUUGUAUUAUUUUAAUUCUUUUGGUGUUCAUGGCAUUAACCUAAAAUGUACUCCCUCUGUCACUAAAUUACAUUAUUGCUACUUCUCUCUAUUAUGUGAGGGAUAAAUGAUAGAUGUAGGAAUGUAAUUUAGGGACGGAUGGAGUAAUGUUUUAUUUUGAGUACGUAGAGUUUUUUAAUGUAAUUUAUUUAUUUUUAUUAUCGAAAAUCACAUAGCUAAAGUUGUAACUAUAUAUAUAUAUAUAUAUGCGCGCGCGCUUUGUUUCUUAAUGGUUCUAAUCCACGUUUUCUCCCAAUAAUUAGUUGCUAAGAUGUCUCUUUAAGCACAAAAUGUCAUUGACUAAUACGAAGUAUUUAUCUAGAAUAUGUUGCAAAGAGGGAAACCAAUCAAUAACAAGCUGUUCUUUUAAACAAUUUCUUGAUACACGAUUAUUGAGAAAUAUGAGAAUGAUAUCUUAUGUUGUAAUUGUAAUAAAAUUUCUAUGUUAACGUCCAUCACAAUUUCUCAAUUUUUUUUUAAAAACCUAAUCUCAAUUCUUCAAGUAAAUACAAUGCCAGCCUUUCAAAAAAAAAAAAUAAAAAAAAAAUUGAUUACCAUACCACUUUGGAUACAGACAAUAAUGCAAAAAAUAACAUACUAAUAAUAAAUAAAUAAUAGAGUAUAAAUCAUAAUCUUGAACCCCAACCAUUAACCGAAGCUUUUGGUUGAAUUGUUCCCUAACAAAAAAAAGUUUUUUUUGGGUUGAUAUUCAUUAAAGUCAAUGCAUGAACGGGACUACUAUUUAAACUUUAAAUCAAAAACCUUGUUUAUUCAUUGCCCCAGUGCAACUA